UAGGGAGGGGAGGGACAUAUUGUAAUGCCGAUAGCGAAGUCCACCAUUUUCACCGUCAAAAUAGGACAACAUCUAUUGUAAAUAUCCGAGUGUAAAGUACAGAAUGAUUACACUGCAAGGAUAAAUGCCUUAACACUAUCGAAAAAUAAAGCUGUACACCAGGAUGCCAUGAGGACGGCAAUUCAUUUUCAGGAAAUCGACUAGAUUGGUCUGUUUCAAAUACGCCAAACGUUUCUACUUGGAUCGGAAGGGUCGAUUGACACGGGUUUCGCGUGGACAGCCGUUCAACUUUCGGCAUUUCCACUGCACAAAUGGCUCUGUUAUUCACUUAGUACAAAUACCAUCAAUAUGGAUGAUGAAAUGGAAAGUGAGAGUUCAACAACCAGAACCCAGGAUAUCAACAAUGGUUUUGUUACACCCCCACCUAAGAAUGACAUCAGAGUCAAAUUUGAAUUUCAAAAUGAAAGAAGGAUAAUUCCAGUAACAAGACCUGUCAUCCUAUCAGAGCUGUUGCAGAGAGUAAAGACUGCUUAUGGACAAGAAUUGUGCAUGAACUACAUAAAUGAAGGGAUCACUAUUCCAAUUUUGACCCAGUCAGAUCUAGAGAAAGGGAUAGAGAUUCUGGAUCGCAGCCCUCACCUAACAAGCCUUAGAAUCUUUCUGUCGGUACCUAAUGGAGUUGUGCUAAAAAAGCCUACCCUGUCACAGCAUUCCCGACGUAUGAUGGUAGAAGCACUGGUUCCUCCCAACCCAAAAAUGGGUUCUCUGUUUGGUAGAAGUCUUGGGCAGCGAAAGUAUCGAGAAAAACCAACAGGCUACAUGUAUGGACUGGUGUCAAGGUCACAAUCUACCCCUGAUGAAAUAGCCAACAUGGUUGAAGACACGCCCAAUGUACCAAGGUUAUCUCGUUACCACCCUAUCCAGUACAUGUCAACAAGUGACAUUCAUGACAGAGGGAGAGAUUCCCCUCCACCUGGAUUCCACCCAGAGCCAGAGUACAUGCCGAGACGACCUCAUCACUUUAUAAGGAGUGAAGGAGAGUUUAUUCCAGAGACGCAAACAUCAUCAAAUGAGAUGGUGCGAGGCCAGUUUAUGGCAUAUGACCCCCUCUCUCAUCGAGAGGUACGAGUCUUCUCUAGCCCGAGCUCUGAUGGCUCACUCACUGGAUCCUCUUCUUCGCUUAACGGCACAUUCUCAGUAGAAAGUGCUGGUGAUAUGUACCCGUUCACACGUCGUCUAUCUCGUCGGACACACUCUAACAGUUCCCUGUCAUUAGGCAUGUUUUCUUCAGAAGAGGAUAUUGUAGAUUCAAAGGCAGAUACAUUCCCUCGAAGACGACAGACAUUUAGUGGAUCUAUACCGGACAUUAGUGAUGGUCACCAAACAUUCCCACGUCAAACCCUGACGUCGCGCAAACCUAUUCCUCUCUCAAUGCGUUCAGACAUGUCGUCACAGCACAGUCUGGCGAGUAGUAGUAGCAGCAGUAGUGGUCUACUCAUUGAUAUAGAGUCCUCGUACAGAGGGAUACACCGCGAGUCCGAAUCUGGCAUCGCCAUCUCCCCACCAACGACCCAGUUCCCUAACAACUGGCGGAAAGGCAAACUUCUCGGGGCUGGUGCAUUUGGUCAGGUCUAUAUGUGUCAUGACUUAGACACAGGAAGAGAGCUAGCAGUGAAGCAAAUAGAAACAGGACAGCUUAACUCCUCCACUAAGAACGAGGUGAAGGCGCUUGAAGGUGAAAUCGAGUUUAUGAAGGCAUUUAGAAACGAGCGGAUUGUACAGUACUAUGGAAUCGAGACAGACGACCUUCAUAUCUAUAUAUUCAUGGAGUACCUACCUGGCGGUUCAAUCCAUGAGCACAUCAAGCAACAUGGGGCCUUGAACGAGAGCCUCACUAGAAAGUACUCUCGGCAAAUCCUUGAAGGCAUACUGUACUUGCACACGAAUCGGAUAGUGCACAGAGACAUUAAAGGUGCCAACAUAUUGAGAGAUCUAUACGGUAAUGUCAAACUCGCAGACUUUGGGGCAUCCAAAAGAUUGCAGACUAUUCGCAGUAAAACUGGCUUCCGGUCAGUGCAUGGUACCCCAUACUGGAUGGCCCCCGAGGUCAUCAACGGCGAGGGCUACGGCAGGAAGGCCGAUGUCUGGAGCGUGGGGUGUACAGUGGUAGAAAUGCUAACCACGAAGCCGCCAUGGGCAGACUUCGAACCAAUGGCUGCUCUUUUCAAGAUUGCUACGCAGCCAACAGAACCCGAACUUCCUAGCGACCUUUCAGUGGACGCCGUGGAAUUUGUCAGGUCAACUCUUAGGAUGAACUCCAAGUCCCGACCAUCUGCUGACGAACUCUUGCGCUUCAGUUUUGUAACGAACUCGUCCAUGUCAACGUGCUUAUGAUGCAGAGUCGACCAAUUUUGUAACGAACUCGUCCAUGUAAACGUGCUUAUGAUGCAGAGUCGACCAAGCGGAGGCGGCAUCCGCAUGGUGUUACCCCAUCGGAAUGGCUAUGCACAUUACCGCAUGCGCAGUAAAAAUGGAUACAGACCGUUUCGGAUAAGUUGCCAUUGCAAGUUUGAGAUGGUGGGGUGCGUCUGGGUAAUGGAGUUGUGCAGACGUAUACCAUUGGGCCAAUCCAGGAUUUGUUCUAGAAAUCCUGUCCGAAGGGGAUGUCUGCACCGCUCCCGGACCCGAACACCCGGUUGACACCUGUUGUUUGUCUGCCAUAGUGAGUCGUCAUUAUCUGUGAGUCGUCAUUAUCUGUGAUUCGUCAUUAUCUGUGAUUCGUCGUGGUUAUCUGUGAGUCGUCGUCAUCUGUGAGUUGUCGUUAUCUGUGAGUCGUCAUCAUCUGUAAGUCGUCUUUAUGCGUGAAUCGUCUUCGCCAGGAAAACAUAGCAAAUCGGGCAACGCUUGUCAUUAUUUUCGGAUAGAUUGAUUUUUUAAGGCUUUCAUUUCAAAUACUUUAUGGAUGAAGCAAACUCGUUAUAUUAAGGUGAGACAUUGAUAGUUAUUUUGCUAUACAUAUGUAUCUUGUUUUAGCUGCCGGGUAUACACAUAUUUCAUUAGUCCAGUUUCGAGUUCCACUGUGCCUGCUGGUCAGAGGCACCGAGGACGCAUAAAUACAGUGCAAGCCUCAGCUUCAAUUGAAUUGAUUGCAAAUACCAGCGAGAUAAUGUUUUCACAGGUUUUUGCAUUGUUUUAUUCCAAGUCCAGAGAUUCUCGCUGCAAUGCGCAUGAAAUUUGCCUCAAGUCGAGGCUUACACUGUAUUUAUGCGUCCUUAGUCUGUAAGUUCAGCGGUCAUAGUGGAAAUUGGGCUUUUAAGGCUGAUUACUGUAAAAAAAGUGGAAAAUGAUGAAUAACAAACAUCCCUGGUUAGGAAAAACAAGUCUUGUAUCUGUUAAUAAGAUUUAGAGAAGUUAAAUUAAGUUUUGUAGCGAGGUCCUUCUAAUUAAUGAACGCAUUUUCAAUACAAGAAAACAUUAUUAUUGGCCAAACUUUGUUUUCCAUUCUCUUAUAGUCAAACUUAAUUGAAAAAGGUGUAUUUGAGGAAGUUAAAAUAAAUAAACUUCUAAAUUCGACCAUAGAGACACUUAAACGCAAUAUAUGCAAUAUUGUGCAAAGCUUUGUUUUCAGACAGGUACCACUAAGAAUCUUUAAAUAUGUUUUACAUUUUGCCAUUGUAAAAGUCCGCUUUUGUUUGUUUUUCUCUAUUUCCUGAUCUUUAUUUCUGACUUUUAUCCCUGAAGCAGGCAAAAAUAUAAUAUAUGAUAUAACUAUGCUAACUCCGAGACGGAGUCAACAUUCAGCUCGAUUAAUCCAAGGUUACACAAUCCUACAUCUGUAAGCUCGUAGAAAACCUUCACUAGCAAUUUUUACCCGUAAACUGAGAGCUAUGAAGAGUUGUUUUUUAGUCGCCCGGGCACCCUAGGUACGCACUGAAUUUUUUCCCGGCAUUCGUGAAUGUCAAUAUGCAUGCUAGGUACAAUAUAUCCUAGUUGCUGUAAAUAUUUGUUCUAGAGAAUUGUAGAUAUAUACUGGUCAAUACUAUGGAUUUUUUUUCACAAUAAAAUGGUUUCAACAA